GAGAGAGUGCGUUCGACAGAGAGAGAGAGAGAGAGAGAGAGAGAGAGGGAGCGCGAGAGACAGACACAGAGGGGGAGGUUGGUUCCUGAUACCGAGACACGGAAAAGCAGGGGAGGGAGAGUGAGAGAGAAAGAAAAGACAGGCGGAGAAAGAGGGAGAGAACAGGGGAAUUACACGAAGGGACACCAAAAAGGCACUGGGGAGGAAGACUCGAGAAUUUAGAACAUCAUCUCUCUGACUGUCACGCCAAAUUGGAGUCAGAAGCAUCGAUAACGCUUUAACACAGACCCCAUGGGUUAACAGCUGGUCAGUUCCGUCUUCCUCCAUUUUCUGCCGAGCUCGCCGACCGAUGGGGUAGGAAGGGGAGCAAGCCCUCUUGUGUCGAGUCGACGCGCUUGACAACACGGCGUUUACGCCACUUCAGACUCUCUUCAGUGAGAAGCGACCUACCAGAUAGUCCAAUGAAUAACAGGAAGGAAGACAUGGAGAUCACUUCCCACUACCGACAGCUCCUCCGGGAGCUGAACGAGCAGCGUCAGCAUGGCAUCCUGUGCGACGUGUGCGUCAUCGUGGAGGGCAAGAUCUUCAAGGCGCACAAGAACGUGCUGCUGGGCAGCAGCCGCUACUUCAAGACGCUCUACUGCCAGGUCAAGAAGGUGUCCGAGCAGGCGGCCACCAUCACGCACCUGGACAUCGUGACGGCGCAGGGCUUCAAGGCCAUCUUGGACUUUAUGUACUCGGCGCACCUUGCGCUCACCAGCAAGAAUGUCAUCGAGGUGAUGUCGGCAGCCAGCUACCUGCAGAUGACCGACAUCGUGCAGGCGUGCCACGGCUUCAUCAAGGCGGCGCUGGACAUCAGCAUCCGCUCGGAGCUGGCCGACGAGCUGGCCGAGUUCGAGAUGGCCGCCGCCGUGGGGUCAGGGGUCGGCGGAGGAGGCGGCGGUGGAGGAGGAGGAGGAGGAGGGGGCGUGGUGGUGGUGCCGGGGGGAGGUGUUGUCGGGGGAGCCUCGGAGGCACUGGCGUCCAUGAUCUCGGGCCGCAGCUCGUCUCCGUGGCUAGCGCGCCGCACCAGCCCGGCCAACUCGUCGGGCGACUCGGCCAUCGCCAGCUGCCACGAGGGCGGCAGCAACUACGGCAAGGAGGACCAGGAGCCGCCCAAGAGCCACGAGAGCCAGGAGGACGCCUGCUCGCAGUCCCUCUGGCCCGCAGACUACCGCUCCGUCCAGGUCAAAGAGGAGCAGGUCUCCCCCUCGAACUUACAGGACGGCCCCGGUGGCGGCGGCAGAGGGGGUGGCAGCGGCGGCCGAGGUGCCCAGAGCGGCGGUGGCCCCCCGGGGGAGCAGGGCGCCGGGGGCGAGGGCGGCUGGCAGCCCUCCGGUUCCGGGCGGAGGAAGAAUCGCAAGAACAAGGACACGGUGCGGCACAUCACCCAGCAGGCGGACGGGGACAGCCGGGCCACGUCGCCACUGCCCUCCAUGCUCGCCUCGGCAGGCUGGAACUUCGGCAACCAGGACAUGCCAGGGUCUGAUGUGACGGAGGCCAAUAGCUCUGACAGCCGCGGUGAGCGCCUGGACUUCUUCGUGAAGCAGGAGGACGGUCUGGUGGCCGAAGGGUCCUUCCUGGGGCCCUCUCUGGGCUCGGAGCGGGAUGAGGGGGUCCCCGGGGCCGCUGGUGGACUGCAGGGCAGUUCGGUGGCCAACUUGCGGGCAGCGCUGAUGAGCAAGAACAGCCUGCUGUCGCUGCGCUCGGAAAUUCUGUCCGAGGACAAUCCCCUGCUGUUCGAAUACCUGCCCAAGGGAUCAGGCCACUCGCUGUCCCGGUCGGCCUCCUCCUUCGGCUCCUCCACCACCACCAACCACCGGAGCAGUGCCUCCGCCUCCACUCGCCCGGGGGCCAAAUUUGAUAGCAAACACGGGCCGCCACCGCCAUCCUCCUCUUCCUCUUCCUCUUCACCGACCUCACCACCACCGACACCACCAUCAUCAUCAUCAUCAUCAUCAGCGUCAACAACAACAACAGCAACGUCGACGCUACAACUGCCGCCGCCGCCGCCUCCUCCUCCUCUUCUCCGUCCACACGUUGUCCUUCCUCCCCCACCUAAGCCGCCCACGCCCAUGGCCCUGCCCCUGGGCCCGGGUGAGCAGCCGCAGGCGUCCAGGGGCCAGGCGCGGGAGCGGGCGGUGGUGGGGGGGAAGCUCUCGAAGGGGAGGCUGGAGGAUCUGGAGGAGGCCCCGGACCCCGCGCCCUCAGAGGAGGAGAUGCUAGACGAUGAGGAGGCUCAGCGGCGGAGCACAGCUUUGGAGCGCGUCCACCACCCCGCGGCGGAGGAUCAGAUGGCCGAGGGGAAGCGCGGCUUGCGCGCGGCUGCCGAGGCUCGGACCGGCGUAGGGGCUGGACCCGGCGGCCUGGGCUGGCCGCAGGAGCUGGCCUGCUCCCUGUGCCCGCAACUGUUCGGCAGCCUGCUCCAGCUGAGGCAGCACGAGUACGGCCACACACUCUCCCUCAUGGCCCUCUCCCUGGACUGCCUGGACCACCAGCAGCACCAGCAGGCCCUGCACUUCCAGCAGCAGCAGCACCAGUCACAGCGCCAUCUGCUGGCUGCGUCGCCCUCCGACGGGGUAGGGGGAGUGGGGGGAGGAGGAGGUGCGCCGCCGGCGCGCUACCUGUGCUCGCAGUGCCCGGCCAGUUUCACGCUCAAGUCCAACGCCGACCGCCACGAGAAGACCAUCCACUUCAAGCGCAAGCUGAUGCAGUGCACGCACUGCCGCAAGCACUUCCGCGACCGCACCGACCUCAACCGGCACCUGUCGUCCGUGCACUCGGGCGAGCGCGUCUACACCUGUCCGGCAUGCACGCGCUCCUUCAGCACGCAGAAAAACCUGGCCACGCACGCCAAGGUCUGUUGCCAGGCAACCGCCGCCGCUGGCGCUACAUCAGCAGCAGCCGUCGCUUCCUCAGUCGCCGAGCAACUGUGGGGCCUGCACGCGCUCACGGGCGACCCCCGGCUCGACCUCGGACACACCCAAGAUGUGGGCUGACUGAUGGGUUGGUCAAUUGUGUGAUUGAUUGACGGUUGGACCAAUCCUUGACCCUCGUCACCCCUCACGCCCAGCUGUGAUGAUGAUGAUGAUGAUGAUGAUGAUGAGAUUAAAGGGACGUCUUCUUCACCAAAGCUCCCCCUUCCCUCCCCUCCAAUUCAGCCAGUGCUACACCAUUUCUGCUUUAGCAGGCCAGGCAUUUGAAAUGUUAGCCUAGGGGAAAGGCACUGUUGUAUUUUACAAACAAUGUACUAUUAUGAUGUAAUAUAUGUAAGUAUUUGUAAAUUUUACAUUUAAAAAACAAAGUUUGUUUAUUUAAAGAUUUUUUUAUACAUGUGAUCUAUGCAAAAUUCAGCAGCACUAGCUGUUUGGUAGCACAACUACUAUGCAAGUAGUCAAAAUGGAUGCCACAUUAUUGCAAGAAUGAAUAUCAAUAUGUGUGAGCAUGUAUGUGAUUUUUUUUUUUAGUUUUGUGUGAUUUCAUGUAAGGGAUUUGUGGAUCUCUGAGUCACCUCAGUAAAGCACACACCCAAAUACACACACACACACACACACACACACACACACACACACACUCACACACACACUCACACACCUCUGCUCUAAUGCUGGUCCUAGCUCUCCUGAGGGACACUCCAGAGGGAGUGUUUUCUUAACCUCAACUGCACACACACACACACACACACACACACACACACACACACACACACACACACACACACACACACACACACACUGUCACACUUACGCAUACAAGUCGAACUCUUGUAGGAUCUGCAGCUUAACAGUUCACCAAGUCAAAGUGUGUGUGUGUGUGUGUAAGUGAAUGAAUAUGUUUGCUUUCAUCUGUGCUUGACCGCGUAUGUGUGUGUGUGUGUGUUUUGUCUAUGUGUGUAUUAGCUUAUGAGGGGUAAAAAAAAUUCUAGCCACAACACUGCCACCUACUGGAACUCUUGGUACCUCUGAGCAUGUGUGUGAGAGGGAGAGUGUAUGUGUGUCCCUAGGUCUUAUCUCUCCUCUCUUUCUUUAGUCUCUUCUCCAUAUCUCCUCUCUGAUUGAGUGCUGGGGGAUGAUCUGGGAUGAGGAAGAGGGGGAGGGGUGUGUGAGUGUGUGUGUGUCCCAAAUCCCUCUGACCGCUCGAGCGUCCUGGCCCCUCUCCCGGUGGCACUGUAAGCCCCGCCGAAUUAUCUCUGUAAUUGGCUCUGUGUUGCUCUGGCCUGGCUCGACCUUCGACCCCGCGCCGAGAUACUGUGGCCCGAUAGUCGGGCGAGGGAGUUUUGCACAACCUGAAAGCUCGUAACCUGAGGUUGACCCCUGCGCCGCGAGGUCAGGCCGCACACAGAGGAGUAAGCACAGAAUCUAGGUCUCUUGAGUUGUGCUGAGGGGGAUUUUUUUUUGUGGUGAUUAUUUAUUUAUUUUUAUUUUUUUUUUGUGGAUUUGUGUCUGCUUUGUCUCUCUGGGAAGCGUCAGACGAGCGCGGGUUCACUUUGAUGGUGAGGGGAGAGCGACAGUGUGUGUGUGUGUGUUUCUCAGUAGCACACUGUCAGGUGGAACGAUCUUUUUUUUUUAUUCAGCACAAAGUGAUCAAGAGGCUGCUUAGAUACUGUAUGUGGAUUAAUAUGCAAAUUAACUUCCUCUAUCGAUGUGUGCGCGCGUGUGGUUUUUUUUUUCCUGAUUAUUAUUUUGCUCAGAACAGCCGUGUGUGAGAGAAAGUGAUCAAAAACUGUCCUCCAAAAAAAAUAUGCAUGCAUGUUCUAUAAAUAGAGGAAACAAUAGAUGUUGCACCCUCCACAUAAAAGCUCAAUCAACACGUUCACACUCGCAGACACAAACACACACACACACACACACACACACACACACACACACAGACACACACACACACACAAAAAAAAAAAAUCCAAAUGCAGAUUUUCCGUGAAAUCUUUCUCCAUGUUACUGCACACACUCUCAGCAUUACCUCAGGCAUGUCGUCUAGUACCCUCCGCUUUCCAUAGCUCAUGACAACUCUCCAAUUCUGACAUAAUACCAUAUUUGUGUGGGCAAUAACGCAAUGGGAUGAGAUUGUGUUUAGCUCCCAGGAUUUUUGGCAAGCGCACCUUGUAGCAUUUCUCUCCACAAGUGUGCAUCAACAAAUUGUCUCUCAGGUUCGUUAGCCACGCAGCUUUUCAGAUUUUGGCAGCAGUUGAACCUCCUCUUGGUGGUGAGUGCUUCUUGCCGGCCAAAUGGAGGGAAAUAGACCAGAGAAAUGCAUUUAUUCUGUGUGCUAAGUCACUAGGUGAAGAAGCAGAGAGCUACGCUGCUUUGUUUGGUUUGUGUCCAGAGUUCUAAUGGAAAUAAUAGGACCUGUAAACAGUUUACGAGCUAAUCUUUGAAAAUCAACAAGGAUGAAGGGACGGCUUUGCCUGGUAAAUUUUCUUGAGCAAUAAUAGCCUACUCACACCCACAGCACUGCACUUGGUCUACUCUGAUCCGGUUGUGACCUACUGUUAGCUAAGUACUACCUCACCUUGUACCCUCUUUCUCUCUCUCUCUCUCUCUUUAUCUCUCUCUCUCUCUAUCUCUCUCUCUCUCUCCUUCUAAACUCUCCCUCAUCCUUUCUCUCAGUCUACCUCUGUCUUAACUCUAUC